UGUUGAUUUGUUUUUGUUGAUUUUGUUCUAUGGUUUCUGUUUCUGUUUAAAUUUAUUUGUUUUACAAUAUCUUCAAUAAUGUAUUAAUUUUACCAAGGAAUUUAUUAUUAUAUUAAAAAUAUGGGUGACGAUAUUAGAUUAUGCCUAAUGGAUAAUGUUAAUGUAAUUGGUCCCCAAAAUAGAGUACAAGAGGGAUAUUUACCUCUGGAGGAAAACCAAAAUAAACAGACUCCAGUUCAGUAUUAUAAAAUUGAGCCCAAAUUAGAAACUGUGGAAAAGAAAGAUGAAUCUGGACCCAAUCUAGAGGAUCAUAAAUCCAGUACUCUAAGGCACAUUGAGCAGAAGAAUGCCUAUAGGAAUUUUGACAGAUUUAUGAACCUGCACAGAAAAGAACAGGAGGAACAGCUUCAAGCUCAAAGUGCAAUGCAAGAGAAUGCUUUCAGAGAGAAAAAAGCAUAUCAGGAAAAUGUAUUGGCGAGAGAACUUGAUGUAAUAAAAAGAAAGGAAUUUACUGAAGCAAAAAUGAGGCAGUUACUGAGAGAAAAUUCAAGUGAAUUGCGAGAACUUGAAAGAAAAUUGAAAGCUGCAUAUAUUAAUAAAGAACUGGCUGCUCAGAUUUCCCAAAAACAGGCAGAAAGAAUAAAUGAAAAGAUUCGUGAAACGGAAGCCCAUAAAGUAAUGAGACAAGCUUGGAUAGACCAAAAGGAGUAUCAAAAACAACUACUUCAAGAUGAUAUGGUCAAAAAAUCACAGUACAAGCAGGAGCUUCAAGAGCAGCUCAUAAUGAGGGAGAAAAUGAAGCGUCACUUAUAUGAAGAAUAUCUGAGAGAAAAGAAACUAAUCGAUGACAUAGUUCAGAGGAUACAUGAUGAAGACGAACGGGAAGCUUAUGAAAAGUUCUGUAGAAUGAAGAAGACGAGAUCGGAGAUGAUGGCAUUUAAACAUGCUCAAGAUGUUUGGAAGAAGAAGAGAAUGGAGGAAAUAGAGGAAGAAAAUCGAAAGAUCGAGGAAUAUCUUACGACGAAAACAGCUGUCGUGCAAGCAAGGCAAGUACAACAAGCCAAAAAAGAAGCAGAAAGAGAAAAGGUUAUUGAAGAUAUAGCAAGGGCAAUGUGUGAGCAAAUGGAAAAACAACGAGAACGCGAAGAAAUCAUCGCCGAUCUACACGAAGAAGAACAAAAAGAAAUCGUCGAAAAACGUCACAGAGCAGACAUCGAGAAACAACUUAGGAUAAGGUUGGAGACUCAGCAAUGCCUAGCACAACAAAUGCAGGAAAGAGAGGAAAGGUAUAGACAACAGGUCGAAGAAGAUCGAAAAUAUAAAGAAGAAUUAGUAGCCAAACUGGCAGAAGACAGCAGACUUGAGCAACUAUCAAUGCAAAAGAGAAGAAUGAAGAUGUUACAACUACGAAAAGACGUAGAGGAGAUGCUGAAAGAAAGGAGACAGAAGCAAGCAGAAGAAUUCCAAAUGUUAAUAGAAGUAGAGAGAGAUUCACAAAGGAAAGCGGAAGCUAGGAGGAGAGUCAUCGAAGAAGAACGAAUAAGAAUGUUACAGGAACACGUUAAGAAUCUUGUUGGAUAUUUACCUAAAGGGUUACUGAAAGUAGAAGACCUGCCGUAUCUAAGUACUGAUGUGGUUGAUCAUGUAUUUAGGGGAGAUCCGUCAAGUAGUAAUGCAGCUUUGUCUCGCCCAAACUAUUAAAUGACAUAUGCUACUACAUUAAAAAAAAAGGCUUUAAUGACUGUUUUGUAAUAUUUUUUCUUUGGUUUAUUUUACAAAUUGAACUGAAUAAUAAAAUUGUACUUUUGUACAGUA